UUUACUCACAGUAGUUACAGGCAAGCGCCGUCGGCCAUGAUGGCAGCAGCAGCAGGACCUAAUACAAGUAAUUUUGCCCAAAGUUCCGCUUUUGCCGACGCAGUUCAGCGUGCCAGACAGAUCGCUGCUAAGAUCCAACCGUCCGGUCAAAAGCGUCCCUUGGAAGAGGCAGAAGGCGGCAUGGAUCGUUUACCAGGUCCUGAUGCCAAGCGACCCCCAGGUGGUGGUGGUGGUGGCGGCGGCGGCAGCGGAGGCGGUGGUGGCGGAGGAGGAGGAAGUGGCAGUGGAGGCGGAAGUGGAAGCGGCAGCUCCAGUGGUGGUGGCGGAGGAGGUGGUGGUGGUGGAGGUGGGGACGGAGUCUUCAUGGGAGGGCCAUUGAUGGGUGGUCCAGGUGGUCCACCUGGAGGUGGAGGCCCUCCAGGUGGUGGCGGUCCUCAUCGUGGUCUUGGAGCAGUCGAGUCUGAUGAGAUCCAGGUUCCAGACAAGAUGGUUGGCCUUAGUGAGUAUAGUUGCCCGUGGGUUCCCAGCUCUUCAUUGUACAUUUUCUUUAUAUUGUAUCCUCUAACACAUAUUGUAGAAGUCCUCUUCUUCUGUUAUCCUGCCUCUUUAUUUACCUAAUGGCCAUCCACUAGA